GGAGAAGAUGAUGCAGGAGGAAGAGGAACCUGCAGGAAUCUGUCCUUGCUCUGUGUGAUUGUGGACACCGCUGGGCUCUGCAGACUUGUCCCAGGCUGAGAACCUCAGAUUUUGGGAUAGAUCCAUGUCCUCUCUCCCAGCUCUGCAUGUUGGAGGAAGCAGGAUGCAACCUGGAUUCUUGCUGGCAGCCAGCAUCCUAGCAGCAGUGCUGGGCAUGGCCCUGCUGGAGGACGGAGUCUGUAGGGCACCGGAUGGCAAGAAUGGCUCCCCUGGAGUCCCUGGCCGUGAUGGGAGGCCAGGGCAGAAGGGUGACGUGGGAGAGCCAGGGCAUGCAGCACUGAGCUCGAGCAUUGAGGGACCCAAAGGGGAUGCAGGCGAACCAGGAUAUCCUGGGCCACCAGGCAGGCGUGGCCUACCUGGCCUACCAGGCCCUCGGGGGAUGCCAGGGGUGCCAGGGCCACCAGGGCAGAAAGGGCAAGCUGGCAAUGCUUUGGAGCACCCGCGUCCCGCCUUCUCCGCCUCCAGGCUGGCCCCGCCACACGCAGGCACCACGGUGGUGUUUGACAGGAUCAUCACCAACGAGGAGAACUCCUACAGCCCCCAGACCGGGAAGUUCACCUGCCGCAUUCCCGGGCUCUACUACUUCAGCUUCCAGGUGGUGUCCAGCGGAGACCUGUGUCUGAGCAUCACCAAGAACGGGCGGGGCGUGGUCAGCUUCUGCGACAACAACAGCCGCGGCAUCCUGCAGGUGAACUCGGGCAGCAGCGUGCUCAGCCUGGCUGUGGGUGACCACGUGUCCCUGACCACCAACCCUGUCCAGGGCAGCUCCAUUUACAGCGGCUCCGAGGCUGACAGCGUCUUCAGCGGGUUCCUGGUGUCCCCAGAGACGGCCUGAGGGACUCCCACAGCAUCGUGGAGUGUCUGCCUGCCUGGCUGCUCCCCUCUGGGUGUGUGGGAGGCUUUAGUGCCACAGCACAUGGGGAUGGUUGCAGGUUGAUCAUCCAGAAGUGUUCUGUGCUUUCCCAGUGUCACAACUGGCCAAGCUGUGGGUCACCACUGCAGUGCUCACCUCCAUGCUGAGCCUGCCUGCACUGUCCUGGAGGCUGUGGACUCUCAUCCCUUUCUCCUCCUGGGCACUCAAGCUCCACUCCGAGUUGUCACCAGCUGUGGCUCUUUGCUUCUGAGUGGGAAAUCACUGCCUGCUGCUGCUUCUGCUCCUGCUCCACCAACCACUGCAAAAGCCUUCCUGGCACUGGGACAGAUCAUGUCACAACCUCCUCAUCAGUAUAAAUAAAUGCUUCUUCUACUACUA